UGCCUCCUUCUAAAACUUGCAGAUUCCUCCAGCCUGUCCAAGCGCCUGAAGUUCCCUCAGCCGUGCUGCCGGGACUGCGAGGUCUGCUGAAAGAUGAGGGCCUGGAUCUUCUUCCUUGUCUGCCUGGCAGGCAAAGCCCUGGCAGCACCGCAGGAGGCUCUGCCUGAUGAGACAGAGGUCAUCGAAGAUCCCACCACAGAGGAGCCCGUGGGAGCUAAUCCCGUCCAGGUGGAGGUGGGAGAGUUCGAGGAACCCACGGAGGAUGUAGAAGAGAUUGUUGCAGAGAACCCCUGCCAGAACCACCACUGCAAGCACGGCAAGGUGUGUGAGGUGGAUGACAACAACUCGCCCAUGUGUGUGUGCCAGGACCCCUCCAGCUGCCCCGCCACCGCCGGCGUCUUCGAGAAGGUCUGUGGCACUGACAACAAGACCUACGACUCCUCCUGCCAUUUCUUUGCCACUAAGUGCACCUUGGAGGGAACCAAGAAGGGACACAAGCUGCACCUGGACUACAUUGGGCCUUGCAAAUUCAUCCCAGCCUGCCUGGACACAGAGCUGACCGAGUUCCCCCUGCGCAUGCGGGACUGGCUCAAGAACGUGCUGAUCACUCUGUACGAGCGCGACGAGGACAACAACCUGCUCACCGAGAAGCAGAAGCUCAAGGUGAAGAAGAUCCAUGAGAAUGAGAAGCGCCUGGAGGCCGGUGACCACACCGUGGAGCUCCUGGCCCGGGACUUUGAGAAGAACUACAACAUGUACAUCUUCCCUGUGCACUGGCAGUUUGGGCAGCUGGACCAGCACCCCAUUGAUGGGUACCUGUCCCACACCGAGCUGGCCCCGCUGCGUGCCCCCCUGAUCCCCAUGGAGCACUGCACCACUCGCUUCUUCGAGGCCUGUGACCUGGACAACGACAAGUACAUCGCCCUGGAGGAGUGGGCAAGCUGCUUUGGCAUCAAGGAGCAGGACAUCGACAAGGAUCUUGUGAUCUAAACUCGUCUUCCUGCUCUGCUGCCAACUUUGUCAUGUUUUAACCUUCCCACUUCCUUUGAUUUUUAAACUGCUUUUGUUUUGUUUUGUUUUGUUUUUCCCUGGGAACAAGGUGCUAAUAUAGGUCUAAACAUAUGUAGUGACGGUGCUAAGAGAAAUAACAGUCCUGUUCAUUGCCUUAUCUAUUACCACUAGAUUACUCACCCAGCUGUUUCCACAUGCUCUUACCAGCCUUUUCUCUCUCCACAUGUCUUUACCGCUGAUUGUUCCUGUGCUAAAUAUCUGCUCACCAUCCGCUCUGGGAUUGACUUCUCUUAACUUCUCACUAACAGCACCUUCCUGGACACGGCAGACACAAAACCCUCUCAGCUGAUUCACCGCCCCAGCCACAGAUGCCAGGGAGGGAAGGCAGAGCCAGAGGAUGUAGGAGGAUUGGUUUCUCAAGCAGAGCAGCUGCAGGUGGCAUUGUGGCCACCCAGCUUGUGGUAGGAAGGAUGGAGAGUGGUGAGAAAGACAGAGAGUGGUAGGAUUUUGGUUUUCUUUUUUUUUUUUUCCUUUCCCCUCCCAUUCCCAGGGCUUGAAUUUAGCAGUUAUUGGGCACGAAAAAAAAGGAAAAAAAAGAAAUUGAACAAGUGAACAGGGAAGCGCACAGAAUUUAAAACAAAUGAGAUGAAAUUAUUCCCAUCCUGUAAAAUCCUCAUGAAUAAUAAAGGUUUGAAAGUGCUACAUGCUUCACCAUCA